AUUUAAUAAUUUAUUUAAUUUAAAUUAAAAUAACAUAAGUUUCAUGAUAUCUAUGUUUAACCGCUUGAAAUAUGUUUGCGGUGAUCACGUGACUGUCCUUCCUUUUCACGUCUGGUUUCAACAUCCAGGCCUCACGAUGUUCAGCGCAGGAGCGAAAAUCAUGAAAUCUGGGAAUGAAAGACCCGACGACUUUGAAUCUUCGAUUUCUCAAGCGAUUUUGGAGUUGGAAAGUAACAGCGACCUAAAGUCUCACUUACGUGAACUUUAUAUAACAGCGGCUAAGGAGGUAGACGUUGGUGGUGGAAGGAAAGCCGCUGUCAUCUUCGUUCCGGUUCCACAACUUCGGCAAUUCCAGAAGAUCCAGGUUCGCCUGGUGAGGGAGCUAGAGAAGAAGUUUAGCGGCAAACAUGUGAUUUUUAUCGCGCAGAGAAGAAUUUUGCCGAAGCCGACUCGUAAAACUAAGAGUAAAAGCAAGCAACGACGACCCAGGAGCCGAACACUGACCACCGUCCACGAGAAUAUUUUGGAAGAUUUAGUUUUCCCUUCCGAGAUUGUUGGAAAACGAAUCCGAAUAAAGCUCGACGCCUCCCGUGCGAUACACGUCCAUCUUGAUAAGUCACAACAAACUAAUGUUGAGCACAAGAUUGAUACGUUUUCCGCUGUUUACAAGAAGUUGACCGGAAAAGAUGUUCAUUUUGAAUUCCCGGGUGGCAUUUAAACUUGGGAAGAAAUAAAGUUAACAUCUAUAA